AUGAAAAAUAAACCAAUAAAUUGGUUUAAUUUUUACUUUUUUAUUAUACUUACUCUUUCAUCUGUAAGAGGAUUAGAUGUUGAUUGGUUAAAUAAAAUUUCUAAAUCACUUUUAAAUGAGAAAGUUGAUAAUAAUGUUAUCAUAGAAAAAUCUUUUCUAAAUAAUUUUAAUUCUAUUGAAUGUAGAAAUCCAUUAUUACAAGGAACUGAUUGUUCUCAAUAUUCAUGUAUAAAUUUUGGACACAAUUAUUUAGAAGCAUCUUUAAAUGAUGAAAAAAUUUCAUGUGUAUGUCCUCCAGGUUCUUAUGGAACACAUUGUGAACAAAUUAAUUGUCCAAAUUAUCAAAUGUCAUAUGAUUAUCCUUUUGAUCGUUCAUUAAUAUCAUUUAUUACUUAUAAUAAUUUAAUGAAAAAAAUGGAUAAUGAUGAUACAACUGAUGCAUUUAUUGAUCAACUUUUAACAAUGGUUUCAAAUCAUUCAAAUAGUUAUACUUCUAUUACUAUUGGUGCAAGUUGUGCCAAAAAAACACCAAUUUGGCAAUUAACAAAUUUUGAAAAAAAUAAUUUACAAUUACAACUUGGUUUAAAAGCUUUUAUUAAAUUAAUGAGAAAUGGCAAUUCAACAAGCGAAUAUUUAAAAUUAUCUGAUAUAUACCAAUUAAUUUUAGUUUCACAAUCAUAUUCUGAUGUUAAUAUUUUUACAAAUAUGGGUGUAACAGAUAGUUUAAGUAAUAUUGAUAUACAAUUAUCAUUAAUUAAACAAACUGCACUAGCAAAUAGAAUAAGAAUUAAUAUUUUUGUUGUUUCACAAUUAUCAUCAUCAGAAGAUAUUUAUCAUCAAAAUACAUGGAAACCAUUAAUAGAAUUAUCAGAAUCAACUGGUGGUUUUGUUAUUAUACCAUAUGAUAUUUUUAGUAUAUCAAAUCAACAAAAUAUGACAAUAAAAGAAUCUAUAAAUAAACUUUUUCCUGUAUUUAAUAAUGGAAGAACUAUUUUAAAAACUGUUUUACAAGAAGAUAGUGAUACAAUUUCAUUACCAUUUCAACUUUCAUUUGACUCACAAAAUAAACGUACUGGAUUUCUUUUUAUUUCAGGAUAUAAAUCAUUUAAUGAAUCAGAACUUCAAAUUUUUGCUCCUAAUGGAAAUGUAGAAAAAUAUUUUAUUUUGAGUGCUUUAAAAGUUUACAAAAUUACUUUUGAUGUUAAUAAUAAUUAUCCAAUACUUAUUAUUACUAAAAAAAAUAAUAUUUCUAUUAAUAUUCAACUUUUGUCUGGUUCAAAGAAUGAAUAUUUUGAUCUUGGAUAUACAACUAAUGACUUAGCUGAUUCUUCUUCAUCUCUUCCAAUUAUUAACUUACCAAAUAAUGUUGUUGGUAGAGGUAGAAAUUUGAAAGGUAAUAUUACAUUAAAAUUAAUUACUAAUUCAAAUAUUCAAACAACUUUAAUAAAUCAAUCUAGAAAUGAAACAUGUUAUUUUAAUCAUCAAUAUAUGACUGUUACCUCAACAUCUAAAGAUAUAUCAUAUUUUUCUGUUACUAGUGAUGAUGAUAAUUAUCAAGAAUGGAUUCCUUUUACAUUUUCUGAUAGUUCACAUCUUUCUUCUACAACCUCUGAUGUGGCCCAUUUAAAUAAAAAUCAAGUAGAAAAAUAUAAUUAUUUACUUGAUAACAAUUUAAUUAGUAACAUUGAUUUUAGUAAUAUUGAAGAGGAUAUGAAAAUAUAUGAUUACUAUUGUAAUAAUGAAACAUUUUUAAAAGCUAUCAAUUUGUCUAAUAAAAAUGAAAUAAAUUUAGAAGUUAAUGAUGUUACAUUAACAACUGAAACAACAAUAUCUGUAUCUACAUCAACAAAAUCACCAAUAGAUAAUAAAUCACAAAAAUCUUUUUCAUUAGCAUUUUAUUCUAGAAAUAGUUUAAUUAAUGAUAUGUUAAUUCAAGGAAGAACAAAAUCACUUAUUAAUGUAUUAAAAAAAUUUUUAGAAAAAUUUAGUAAUAGUUAUGAUAGUUAUAUAUUUGGUUCUUUUUUCAAAUCAUCAAAUCCAAAUUCAAUUCAAGCAAUUGAAACAUCAGAUUAUGUUACUUUUCUAUCUGAAAUAAUGAAUAGAUUGACUUCAGAAAAUCAUAAUGAUGAUACAUGUUUUGAAGAUGAUACUGCUCAACAAAUUUUAAUUAAAACAUUACAAAAUAGUGGUUUUGAAAAAUUUUCUGAUAUUUAUCUUAUAACAGAUCAAUUAUAUGGUAAAAAAUGGGAUGAUAAAAAUUUUGGUGAUGUUAUUUUAUAUGAUCUUUUAAAUAAAUUAAACCCAAGAAUUAAUGUAUUAUUAGUUGAAAGUCGUUGUUCAAGUAACUUUAGUGAUAUUAAUUAUUCAGGUAUGCAACCGUAUUGGGAUUUAACAAAAAGAACUGGAGGUGCUAUAAUUAGAGUACAAGAUCCUUCAUCAAUUUUAGAUUGGUUUAAUUAUCUUAUUAAUCAAUCUUCAUCAAAAUAUGAAAAUAUAUAUGCUGAUAAUCAACCAGGAAAAUAUUCACAAAAAAAAGAUGGUUCAAAUUCAUUUGCUUUAGCUAAAGGUCAUAGUUAUGUUGUUUGGGGUACUAUUCAAACGGCAGCACAAACUGCUUUACCAGCAACAAUAUCAAUUUUAGAUGUAAAAAAUAAUUCAGUAUGUAGUGGACAACCAUUUAAAACAAUUGAAGAUGAUUUUGAUAUAAGUUUACCAUGUACAGUAACAAAUGAUGGACAAUAUUAUGUUCAAUUAGAUUCUAACUUUGUUCCAACUGAUACAUUUCAAGUUAGAGUAGUAGAAUUUAAUGCUAAUUAUGGAUAUAAAUUAUCUUUUGUUGAUUCAAAUGGUGAUUCUUCAUUUUCUCCAUUAUAUGGACAAGCAAAACAAAUUAAAAUUUUAUUUAAUCCAUAUAAUGAGAUUGGUUUAAAUGAAAAUAAUUCUAAUUUAACAGUAACAGUAUUUGAUUCAUUACAAAAAAUGGUUUUUAACUCAGAAACUUAUUUAAAUGAAGAAUAUUCAUACUUAACAAAUAAUAGUUGGUUUUGUAAUAAUGCUAAUAAAAUGUACUAUAUUCAAGUUCAAUCACCAAAAGAAUCAAGAAUCUAUUCUUAUACAUGUUUAGAUGCUAGUAAUGAUUCAUCUACACCUCAAUUACAAUGUCCACCAUGGUUAAAUCAAACUGACUGUUCAACACCUAUAUGUAGUAAUGGUGGAACAUUAAUUGAAGGUGUUUGUUCAUGUCCACCAAAUUAUACAGGUCCAUAUUGUGAUCAUUAUAUAAAUACAUGUACAAAUGAUGAUGAUAUUAAUUAUAAUGAUUUUACAACUUCAAUAAUUGUUGUUAUUGAUUUACAAAACAAUAAGUUGGAUGAUGUUAAAAAUCAAUUUCAAUAUAUUAAAGAUAAUGUAGAUGAAUUUGGACAAAAAGAAUAUAUACUAUUUUCAUAUGAUUCAGGAUCCGAUAUUUCACCUUUAAAUAUGAAUAUUUAUGUUACUAGUGAAAAGAAAAAAUUUUUUUAUGAAAUAUCUCAAUUAACUGGAGUUUCAGGUGGUAUAACAACACCUGGAUCACAUGUUUCUUAUCUUAAAGCAGUUCUUUCAAGACAAUCUGGAUCGAAAUCAGUUCUUAUAUGGAUUCCACAUCGAUGGGAAUGUGGUAAUGAAAUAGACACAGAACUUGUUGAUUUAAUAUUAAAAAAAAAUGUUGACAUGAGAAUAAUUUAUUAUAAUAGUUUACUACAAUAUUGUAGUGAUACAGCUUAUUAUAUUAUGUUAGGAAAUGGUUUAUUUACAAAAUAUACAAGUGAUACGGGAAGUGACAAUAAUUCAUUUGGUUAUUAUGUUGUUAAUGGUCUUCUUGGAUCAGAUAAUAGUACAGGACUUAUUGUUUAUGAUUCUUAUUUUAGUUAUGAUACUACUUCAUGUAAUGAACCUAUUAAAACAACAAUAAUUAAUGAUGGAAUAAAUGGAAUUUUUGUAACUGUUGAUAGUUUUCAAUUAGAUAAAGAUACUUUAAACAUUGCUAAAAAAUUAACAACAAAUAUUUAUUAUAUUGAUAUGACUGGUAGUUUAAAAAAAGAUAUUACUUUUAGUUGCCAAUCAAAUACAUCAAUAAGAAAAGGAUAUAUAAUAGAGGGGCAAUCAGGAACAAAAAUAGCAUAUGGUUAUAAUUCAAUAAAUGCUGACUCAUUUAAAAAUUUUGCUCCUAUUUCUUAUAUACCAAAUAAUUAUUUAUUUUUUAAUAUUAAAAAUUGUGAUGGUAAUAAUAAUGAAUUUAUUAGUAAUUAUCCACAAAUAAGAAGUCAAUAUAUUAAUCCAAUGAAUACAUCAUCAAAAGAAAUAUUUUCUAUUGUUAAUAGAAGAGAUAUGUGUAAUAAUAAAUGGAUUGGGAAUUUGCAAUGUUCAACAUCAAGUUUAUUAAAUUCACUUUUAAGAAUUAAAAUAAGUGGAACAAAUGAUAAAAAAGAAGCAUUUUCAAAAGUUAUAACAACAGUUUGUAAAGAAAAAGUUAAUUGUAAAAAUGGAGGAACUUUUUUAAAUAGUAGUGGAAUAUGUUUAUGUGAUUCAUUGUGGAUUGGACAAGAUUGUUCAAUUCCUAAAUGUGAACAUGGAUAUACAAUUAAUAAUGAACAAUGUAUUUGUAAUAAAGGUUGGUAUGGUAUUCAUUGUGAAAAUAAUUCUCCUUAUCAGCCACCAGUUACUACAACUGUUACAACGUCAACAAUAAAUCCACAAAUUUGUUAUGAUAAAUUAAAUAUUACGCUUGUUUUAAUAUUUGAUGAAACAAAUAUGUCAAUUCCAUAUAUUCAAAGUUAUAUGGAUUUUUAUUCAUCAUUCAAAAAAAAUAUUAAAAGUUAUGGUCCUGGAAAACAGAUAAAUUUAGCUGCAGAAUUUGCUUCUCUAUAUCCAGUUCUCAAUAGUUUUGUAGACAUUUCACAUAUUUCUUCUUAUAUAAAUAAAACAAAAAAAUCUCAUGAAAUAAGUGUUGAUGGAACAUUUAAAACAGAUAUAAAAAGUUUAUUAAGUUUUUGUAAUACUUCAUCAUAUCAAGAAUUUUGUAAUCCAGAAAAAAAUAAAUAUUUUAUUAUUUUUGGAGCAACAAAUAAUUUUGCUUCUGAUUCAUGUACAAAAGGAAAUUUGUCGUUUUUAAAUAAAAUAAAGAAUAUAAUAUUUACAUUUGGAGAUGCUGGACAACCUAAUUCCUGGUGGAAUACAUGUUACAAAAAAGAAAUAGAUGAUCCUUUAGGAAAUAAUAUCAAAUUAUAUAAUGAAAACAACUUAAGUACAGAUAUAUUUUCAACCGCUAUGCUAGACAUAUGCAGAUUUGAAAAUAUAAUAUAA